AGGCAUGUUGAGGUAACCAAUGGGAAAUGGAUCGGCUGUGGAGCAGUCAGCGCCGUCAUGGUGGAGCUGGUUGAAUUGGUCUCCGAAGCAUGAUGAUAGUCAUAGCAAGGAACCUGGUCAAUCAAAGCUCCAACCUGUUCAGAAUGACGUUAAAGCUGUAGAAGUCCAGACUCCAACGUCUUCUGCUGCAGAGGCUCCAUCAAUGGAAGCCAUGAAAGAUUUAUCUGAAUGGGAGAGAAUACAGUAUCUCUAUAAGUACCCCAGCAUGGAGCACGACUGCUCAACUCGUGUUGCUCGGAUGGCGUUUCUCACAGGGUUUUUCCUUGGCGGAGCAUCUACGUAUGCGGCAGCCCGGGAAACAUAUGAGAGAAGUAAUGUUGGAAGAAAAUAUCUUAGUCCAAGCGAUGCCUUUAAGCGACGAAUGGACUACGCUAUUGUACGAUUUGCAAAAAGUGGCCUAGUCAUGGGAGCAAAAGCAGCUAUAAUUUCUGGUUCUAUUCUUGUUGCAUCCACGCAUGUAGCUGCCUAUCGACAACGGUUCUCGUCCUGGUAUCUACCAGCAUUUUCAGGUGUGCUCGCUGUCACACUUCAUGAAGUUGGUGGUGUAUUCACAUUCCCGCUUGGACUUAUUGGUUCACUGAAGGCGGUUGGUCUAGGAGUUACCUCAGGGUUAACGUUAGCAGCCGUAGUUCACCUUUAUGCUCUCAGUAUGGAUAAGACAGUGGAUGAUGCUUACUGGACAUUCAAAAGAGAGUACGAAAACGACUUGCGAGCAGAACAAGAGUUCCAAGACCGAGUGACCAAACUGAUGAAAGAUGAAGGUUAUAAAUGGCGAGGUAGUGCUGCUUCACGGUUAAGAAAGCUCGACGAGGAAAAGCUUGCUGCUCACGAUGCUUAGAUUUUAAUCCCAUUUGGCUCGACAUACAUUAUCAUUCUCACAUCAUCUUUCAUGCUGCCAAAGUUUUGACUUUGCAAGCACUUUCUUGGAAAAUUAUACAUGCGCUUUUUUACUGAAAAUUUUCAACAAAUGCUUUUCUAUAUGUCGCCACUCACUGUACAGCCAAGUUUUCGAGCAUGUCAGGGAAGAAGUAGCUCAGACGAGUUGGGUUGAUUAAGGACCCCAACUAAUACUCAC